UUUUGUUGAAAACUUGUUGGUGACUUUUUACUAAACCAGAAAACCCGAUCUUUGAGUCUCAAGUGGCGGUAACCGCCGACAAUGGCGGCCACGCCACCUCCUCCGUCAUUCUCGGCAACUUCAAACAAAUAUCUCAAACCCUCUCACUCUCUUCUUCUCUCCUCCAAAAACAUAAACAAAAUCAUUCUCCGUUUCAAUUUUACUCCAAAGUGCGAAAUCAGAAGCUUCGAGAAUCAUCGUAAUUGGACAAUUGAACACGUAUCCAACAUGAACAGAGAUUCUAUUCUCAACAACAACAAUUCUUCUUCUCUUUCACCUUCUUCGUUGGUCUCUGCUUCUUCUUCUCUUUCUCAACUCCCUAUGAAGAAUGCUAAAAAGGUUGUUCUUUUCUACUGUGCCGAAACCCAAUCCCUAGCUGAGAAAAUUGCCGCUGAUUCUGAUGCAAUUGAACUUCGUUCCAUCUCUUGGGGAAAGUUUCCUGAUGGCUUCCCCAAUAUUUUCAUUCCCAAUGCUCAAGGAAUUCGUGGACAGCAUGUGGCUUUUCUUGCCUCGUUUAGUUCUCCAGCAGUGAUUUUUGAGCAGAUUCCUGUCAUUUAUGCAUUGCCAAAACUGUUUGUUUCCUCAUUUACACUCGUGCUUCCUUUUUUCCCAACCGGAACUUCUGAAAGAAUGGAAGAUGAAGGAGAUAUUGCCACUGCUUUUACUUUGGCCAGGCUUUUGUCGAACAUACCGAUAUCUAGAGGAGGACCAACAAGUUUGGUCACAUUUGACAUUCAUGCCUUGCAGGAGAGGUUCUACUUUGGUGAUAACAUUUUACCAUGCUUUGAGAGUGGCAUACCAUUGCUUAAAAGAAGGCUCCAAGAUCUGCCUGAUUCUGACAAUAUAUCGAUUGCUUUUCCUGAUGACGGUGCUUGGAAACGAUUUCAUAAACAAUUGCAGCAUUUUCCAACGGUAGUUUGCGCAAAAGUUCGGGAAGGAGAUAAACGGAUAGUUCGAAUUAAGGAGGGAAACCCUAAGGGUCGCCAUAUUGUGAUUGUUGAUGAUUUGGUUCAGUCAGGUGGUACCCUGAUAGAAUGCCAGAAAGUUUUGGCAGCUCAUGGAGCAGCUAAGAUAAGUGCUUAUGUGACUCAUGGAAUUUUUCCAAAUAAAUCAUGGGAACGCUUUGGGCACGAUAAUGGCGGACAUCCAGAAACUGCAUUCACAUACUUCUGGAUCACAGACUCAUGCCCCUUAACAGUGAAGGAGGUGAUGCAUAGGCCACCAUUUGAGGUUCUCAGCCUAGCAAGCUCUAUAUCAGCCAGUCUCCAAAUCUGAUAUUAUAAUUUUCAUCUUAUUCUCAAAAUGAAAUGGACACAAGAAGAGACAUAGUUAAGGUUAUUAGUAGAAAUAAUAAUAGUAAUAAUAAGAGUUGAGCUCUUUUGGUUUGCGGCUUAUGGUAUCUAGAACUUACAAGGGUGUACUUAUAUUGGCUUAUUCUUGUUGCCACGUUCUUUCCCCAACUUUAUCAUGAAAUUUUCUAAUAAAAAAAGUAAAAAUAUUGGUAGUUA